AUGUCAGCAAAGCUUCACCCCCCACGAAAACCAUCCUCACCACCACCAAACCCCCUCCCGUCACUCAUCCAAACCCCCUCCGGCCUCGCCCUCCUCGAGCUCCAAGGCACUAUCAACCUCCCCCACUCCAAGGACGGCCAACCCCUCAAGGACGUGGAAAUCGGCAAGAUCGACUUCCCGGACUACGUUCCCGACGCAGAGGGCUCAGCGUGGAUGAAGCGCGUGCACAUGUACGUUGGCCAGCACCAGCGUCUAACAGGCGAAGUGAAGAAGUUGCCCAAGGCCAUCGCGGUGAUUCGACGGCGCGAGAACAAGGUGCUGGAGAAUUCGGCGGGGAUGUAUAUGGAGGAAGGGGAGAAUUUGGAGAUUGUCGAGAUUGUAAAGUACAAGAUUAUGUUUUCGAAUCGGCCGGAGCCGGUGGGGACGGCGAACGCGCCUUGA